AUGCAUAAAUAUCAGCAGUUAUUGCUAUUAAUAAUUUUUUGCGUAAGUGUUAUAUGUACAUUAAUGUAUAAAACUGAAAACAAUCGUCUUAAAGAUGUUUUACACGUUAUUAACUUUUUUGGACGGAAGUAUGCAGCUAUUCUUCGCCGCAUAGACAAUAUUAAUAAUUCAUUUCAUUAUCUGGUGGAUUUCAUACACCCAUUACCGGUUUGGCAGCUAAUAGUCAGUAAGAUAAACAAAGGCCAACUUCCGUUUCAAAGGUUGGAUAAAGAAGCGAGGGAUGGCUUAAGUGAAUUCACCCGAUAUCGUUUUUAUUGCCGUAUAACAAGAGAUUUUGGUCAACCAAAAAGUGUUCCGUUCACAGAAGUUACAAAUGCGGGUUCUACCUUGGCUAAGUAA